GAAAAGCAUUAUUUCAGAAAAAAAAGAUCUUACAGCUAUUCUUCCCUUACCAGAUUUAUAAAAUUUCAGCAGUUCUCCACAGCCCAGUGAAAUCAUCACAAAUCCAUUUUAUUCAGCUGAUUCUUGCUGCUCUGUGUUCCUGUUUUGAGCUAUGGGAUGAAUGUACUACUAUGCAUCAACUUCAGUUACUGGAACACUAUUGCUUCUGUUUUCUGAGCCAAAGUGCAGGAGAGAGGCUCUCAAAGAGCAUGCCUUCCAUCAGAUCCCUGCUCUUUUCAUCAUGUUCCAGUGCUUCUGAAAUGCUCAUCUUUACAACCCUGACACCAACAAGUUGGUCUGAGGGUUUGAACAUGAGUACCCAGCCACACACUGUGACCAAGGUAGAGAUCCCUGGCCAUGUUCUUUACACCGUAGGAACAUGUGUGCUCAUUAUUGGCUCCAUUGGCAUCAUCGGAAACCUCCUAGUCCUCUACGCAUUUUACAGCAACAAGAAGCUGAGGACUCCCCAAAACUACUUUAUAAUGAAUUUAGCUGUGAGUGACUUCCUGAUGUCGGCUUCUCAGGCACCCAUGUGCUUUGUCAACAGCUUGCACAGAGAAUGGAUACUUGGAGACAUAGGCUGUAACCUGUAUGCUUUCUGCGGGGCUCUCUUUGGGAUAACCUCGAUGAUGACUCUGUUGGCUAUCUCUGUUGACCGCUACCUGGUGAUCACAAAGCCCCUGCAGUCCAUCCAGUGGACUUCCAAGAGACGCACCAUGCAGAUCAUCGCUGUAGUGUGGCUCUACUCACUGGGAUGGAGCGUGGCUCCGCUCCUCGGCUGGAGUUCCUAUGUGCCUGAGGGCUUGAUGAUAUCCUGUACAUGGGACUAUGUAACCUACUCCCCUGCAAACAGAAGCUACACCAUGAUUUUAUGCUGCUGCGUGUUUUUUAUCCCCCUGGUAAUAAUAUUCCACUGCUAUUUAUCGAUGUUCCUGGCCAUAAGGCGUACUGGCAGAGAUGUUCAAAAGCUGGGGUCCUGCAGCCGGAAAUCCUACCUCUCUCAGUCCAUGAAGAAUGAGUGGAAGCUGGCAAAAAUUGCUUUUGUGGUGAUCAUUGUGUUUGUCUUGUCCUGGUCUCCAUAUGCUUGUGUCACCUUGAUUGCCUGGGCAGGUCGAGGCAACAGCCUAACACCAUAUUCCAAAUCUGUGCCAGCAGUUAUUGCCAAAGCUUCUGCAAUCUACAACCCCAUCAUAUAUGCAAUAAUUCACCCAAGAUACAGAAAAACCAUCCACAAAGCUGUUCCCUGCCUGAGGUUCCUGAUACGAAUAUCGAAGAAUGACCUCCUGAGGGGAUCCAUAAAUGAGUCAUCAUUCAGAACCUCUCUCUGCAGCCACCACUCUCUUGCUGGCAGGACCAAGAGCACAUGUGUUUCCUCGGUUUCUGCUGGAGAAGCUAUCUGGAGCAACGUGGAGCUCGACGCUGUAGAGCCAGCUCAAGAGAAAUUGAAGCCUCGCCGAAGUCACUCUUUCUCCACAAGUCUGAGACAAGAGAAGAGAGACCUGCUCCCAAAGACCUGCAGCUGCGAUGCAGCCACUGCCAAAAAGGUUUCGCUCUCCUCCAGCUGUUUGGAGAAGGUGCUUGGGCAGCCUGUCCUACCCAAUCCCUCUGCAGCACUCGUGACCAGCUCCCUGAGAGCAACUUCUCUGCCUGUCAGAUUGAAUAGCAGCAGUGUCACCAGAGGAGACUCAAGUACUUCCCAUAUGGAAACUCAAGGAAGUCAAGCGAAUGGAGUUGUGGAUUCUGUUAUUAGCAAUGCAGUCCCUCGCAUCAUCAUCAUUCCUACCUCAGAGACAAAUCUGUUUCGGGAAGAACUGGAAGAGGAAGAGACUGAAUUAUUCCACUUUCAUGACAAAAAGGGCAAUCUGCUGGACUUGGAAGGGCUUAGCUCAUCCAUGGAGUUCCUUGAAGCUGUUGAGAAAUUUCUAUCAUAAUUUUGUCAAAAGAAAACUUUCCGGUAAUUAUUUUCUUGGCAUCUUCUCCACUUAAUUAUACCAAAUAACUGAAGCCUUGUGGGUUAGAUCAUCAGAUUUUUUUGUAUGUUUAUAUGGUAGUCACUAGGCAGCCUUCAGAUUUUUCUUUGUCCAAACCAGCUCAGGCAUGGAAACAGGCUUUCUUUCAGAUUGUGCCACAGGAAAUGAGCAGUGGAAGAUCUGGCAGCAGGAUCGAGUGGCAUUGGUCAAGGAGGCUGCCUGAUUUGUUGCCACUGAUGGGGCACCUGCAGAAGGGAAAAUGAGUGACUGAGAGCAGGGUCAGCUGUUGAAUGCUUCUGCUAUCUGCACAUGGAACAGCAUUCCUGUUUUGGCAGCCCUGCUCUGGACAGUGAUGGGAAGCACUGCAAGACCACAGCUUCCACCAGCCCCAGCAGUAAGGCACAUGGCUACAUGACCUCAACUAGACUUUAAUCAAAUAAUUCUCAGCAUUGGUUUGCUGUGUUUUCUUUUUUAAAUAGGCAGCUUGCUAAACAUAAAGAAAGAAACUGGUGUUUUUUCACUGGAAAUUGACAAAUUCCCAGCUUCUAACCCUCUGAAGUUUAGUGGUAGAAAUCAGGAAUUUACCUCAGCAUUAGCAUGGUCACUUAAAUGUCAAAAUGCAAGGUUUGCUAAAACAUACACUACUGUAGAAGCAUUCAAAGUACCUUCAGAGUUACAGUCCUGAUUAAAUAUGUAUGUAUCCUAAUGAGUCUGUGAUUGAAAGGGUGAAUGCUCACGGCUGGCUUGACAAGUCAUUGAAAAAAAUAAAGCCUUGGCUGCUGUAUAUCACCUGUCUGUUCAGAGGAGGUUCUUCUCAUCUCCUCUAAAACACACCAGCAGAUGUCUUUUACAGGUCACUUACCAGAGGCCUUUCAAACUGGGUAAAACAUCAACUUGGGAAGAGAACCACACAGUACUGUGUUUGCUACAGGAUCUGCACUUACAUCUUUAUCUGUGGUUACUAACUGUGCUCCUUUUUAUCUGUGCUUCACAUUAUGGCUCAGGCUCACAGGACUCUCCUAGCAUUUGAUUCCUCUUUAUGCACUCUUCCUUUUUUACUCAUUUUCCCAUUUCUUCAUGUCUUCCCUUUCAGUCUCUGAUUUUCAAACAUAGUUUGAACAAGUUGAAUUACAUUGUUCUUUACAUAAUUUCAAUAUAUAUUAGAAAUCAAGGUACUCCUCUGGAUAGAAUAGUGCAAAUAUUUGGUCCAGGGAGACUAAUAGUAUUCAGACAUUCAACAAGAGAGUGAAAGUUUAUGUUCAUAGUCUCGGUUUAUUUCCUUGACUGUAUCCUAGAUUGUGCAGAGAUCACUGAGAGAAUUUCCAGGUUUUGUGUAUUGCACUGGCUAAUCUCAGGAAGUAAUUUCUCUUUGCCUGUUUUCCUGAUGCAAAAACCAGAUGGGAAGCAUAGAAGUAUUUUUAAUUACUUUUUUCACUACAAAAUAAGGCAACACAAAUCUUGUUUGCAACAAUCCAGACAGGAACGCUACUAAAGAGCAAAUGAAAACCCACAGCAGCACAGGAGAGAGAAGAAUGCCUCCAAACAUGCACACCUGAGGCACUUCCAGGUGCCAGACCUUUAAGAGGAGUGAGGCACUCGCUUUUGAUACCAUUUUUGGAAAAAGAAAAAGGCCACUGGUGGGUUACAGAGGUGAUUGCUGUGACAGGCUGCCUAAUGCAGUGCUGACACUCUUCAUGCUGCUAUUAUUUGAGGUGCUCUGCUGGCUAGAGACCCUCAUACUUCCUUACUGUGGAAAGCAGGGAGGAAAUUGGGUGUGGAGGCCCAUCCUGCUGCCUGUGUGUAGCCCUGGUUUGGGGUGCUGGGGGCCCAAGGCUCAGCUGGGGCAGCACCAGGCUGUAGUUCCUGCAGCCAGGCUGCCAAAGCCUGUGCCCACUGAGUGCCGAGUUUUCUGACAGGGCCAGGAAUCAUGCCAAGGUCAUCUACAAUGAGCUCAGCAAUUCCAAGGGCAGUUCCUCCAUUUGAGGACUGGCACAGUGAGCAGACAGUGCAGGACAUCUGCCGGGGACUGGGACAGGGACGUGCUCACUUGCAGUUCCACAGUGCCAGGCUUUCAUCCACUGCAUAGUUUAGGCCACAAUGUGUUAUCAAAUGUUAAUUAUGUAUUAUGUUCAUGGGAAAUGGGGCAGCCUUAGUCCUAGGCUAAACAUACUGUCCUUCCAUCUUGGAUUCUUGCCCUUUUUCUUGCUAAACCUGCCCUCUCUGAUUUUUUUCUUUUCCUACACCAACUGUGCAGUCAGUGACCUUACUUCUUCUUGCAUUUAAUAUCCUCAGCUGCUGUAUCUCUUUUCUUCUUGAGCCAUGUGUUAGGAAAAGAGCAUUCUUUCAAGGCUUCCAAGCCUUAGACCUGACUUUUACUGUUGUAAUGACUCCAAAUAACAAUAGAAAAUGCAUUUGCUGUUCCACGCUAUAAAAACAUGCCCUGGAGAAGAGCUUGCACUCAGAUUAUGACAGACUUAUACUGGGAAGACUGUAGGCAGAAUGGUAUUGCCAUAGGUUUUGGCAGGAUGAAGAAUGGAAGACCUGAAGUCAUAGUCAACAAAUUCCUCCAUAUCUGAAGUUUUGCAUUCUACCUGUUAGCCUACAGAAGGCUCUUCAGUGAUUUCUUGUAUGUGUUUGGUGCUUAUUACUGUGCUGGUACUGUGAGUGUGUCUCAGAAAAUUAGCAGGCUUGAGGUAUGUGCAAACAAUGUUUCACUUUUAUGCUGCUUGUGUCAUACACUGUUAGUACCAUAGCUUCAGAAGCUACUUUAAAAUUACUGCUUAUUUAAACUGAUGCAGGCUAAAAUACCAUAUGGUAUAAUGAUAGAGAGAUAAAACAUAAAGUUGUAUGAAAUAUCAUACAUAGACUUACUGCAUCAUUGUGAGACUUUUGCAGAAACAUCACUUACAGAGUAAAUUAGUCUCAAAUUGAAUACCACAAUGCAGGAGAAUUUUGCAAGCUUCUCUAUUGCCACAUUAGGAUAGAUGGCACAUAAAAAAUGUACACUAAUUAAUGUUGCUUCCCGUUUCACAGAGGAAUGUAUUGGUUCACUCAAGUGGAAUAAAAAUA